AUGGGCAACAAUGACGAUGAAGCAGCCGUUAACAACCGGCGAACUACGAUUGAGAGGGUGAUUGAGAAGGUCGGCCUUUGCUUCAUUUUUGUUUGUGUCAUAGCGUUUAUUACUUUUCCUAUAGUUUAUUCUGCCAAAUAUGCGAACAAAGUCUCGUCUCGCAAAGAUCCCGUAGCCGUAGUGCCACUAGUGCCGGAGAUAGAAUUAGCUAAUAUGGACUUCACGGCGUUUAACAUCACAGAAGCUCGUCUUAGUGCAGAGUGGGAUUUGUCGAUACGUAUCCCUUACAAUAUUCCUGGUUAUUAUAUAUGUCUUCAAGGAAACCUUCAAGCAUCCUUUCUUUACAAGAAUGUUACUCUUGCUACUUCAUCCCAACAAAAGUACAACAAUCUCAAAUACCACGAACCUCAGGUACUUAGUGUUUCAGCGAUUGUCUAUGGAAAAAAUAUAAGCGAUUGGAUUGGUAAAGACAUGAUGAAAGAUAUGAAAGAGAAGAAGGAAGUGCGGUUUGGAACGCGGGUUUCUCUUACGGAUUGCAGAGCAGAAUCGACAGGAACUAUGAGUUAUGUGUGCGAUGAAGUCACCUUGAGUCUUGUUCUCUCUGCUUCCGUGUGCGAUAAGGAGGGAGCUUGUGCUUGUAGACUUGUGUCUUUACGAAAUUCGCUAAGCUCUGGACCAAUUUAUAAAACCAUGGUUGGAGGAGGGAGUGCACAGAAGCUAACAACGAACGACGCACUUGCGUAUCUCAAAGCUGUCAAGGAUAAGUUCCACGACAAACGUGAAAAGUACGAUGAGUUUCUUGAAGUCAUGAAAGACUUCAAAGCUCAGAGAGUUGAUACUAGUGGUGUCAUCUUGAGGGUGAAAGAGCUUUUCAAAGGGAACAGAGAGCUGAUUCUGGGAUUCAACACUUUCUUACCAAAGGGGUUCGAGAUAACACUCUUACCUGACGAGGAAGACGACCAACCUCAACCUAAGAAGCCUGUUGAGUUUGAAGAAGCUAUUAGUUUCGUCAACAAGAUUAAGACAAGGUUUCAAGGAGACGAUCGUGUAUACAAAUCAUUCUUAGACAUAUUGAACAUGUAUAGAAAAGAAAACAAGUCCAUUACUGGUGUCUACCAGGAGGUGGCUAUACUUUUCCGGGACCAUCAUGAUUUGCUUGUGGAGUUCACUCAUUUUCUACCUGACACUUCAGCAGCUUCCUCUACUCCUGAUUCUGUGAAAAUGUCUGUACGUGACAGAGGCGUUAAGUCUCUUCCCACAAUGCAGAAGGACCGGAUCUUUACUUCGCAUCAAGAACGUGACCUCAAGACCGAGCAUAUGGAGUUGGACCAUGAGAGAUCUGUGUUGAGAGAAAGUAAAGAGGAGAUGAGACGCGUUGAGAAGAAGAGUGAUUACAUGGAUGAGAGAGACAGGAGAGGUUACGGUGUAGAUGACAGAGAUUUCGAACAUGAUGUGAAGAAAGAGCAUUUCCUCCACAGUAAAAAGAAGCUGACGCUGAAAGAUGAUGAUUCUGCUGAGAUGUCGAAUCAAGCUAGAGAUGGAUCCAUUCCAACUUCAUCUACUUAUGAUGAAAAAGGUCAUAUCCAAGAACUUGCUUUUGUUGAUAGAGUGAAGGGAAAGCUGAAUACAUCUGACUACCAGGAGUUCUUGCGAUGUCUUAACCUCUUUUCAAAGGAAAUAAUCAGCCAACCAGAAUUGCAUUCUUUGGUCGGCGAUUUAAUUGGAGUGUAUCCAGACCUUAUGGACGCCUUCAGAGUCUUUUUGGUUCAAUGUGAAAAGAAUGAAGGAUUACUCUCUGGUAUCGUCACUAAGAAGUCAUUGUGGAGUGAAGGCAAAUCUCCUCAACAUGGCAAGUCACCAGACAAAGAUACAGACAGAGAACGUGAGAAGAUUGAAAGGUUUAGAGAAAGAGACCGUGAGAAGGAGAGGCUUGAGAAGGCAGCAGCGAGUCAGAAAUGGGCUAAACCUAUCAGUGAGCUAGAUCUUUCCAACUGUGAACAGUGCACUCCUAGUUAUCGGUUACUUCCAAAGAAUUAUCCAAUUCCUAUAGCAAGCCAAAAGAUGGAGAUUGGUAGCCAGGUGCUUAAUGACCAUUGGGUCUCAGUCACUUCAGGAAGUGAAGACUAUUCAUUCAAACACAUGCGCAAGAACCAGUACGAAGAGAGUCUCUUCCGAUGUGAAGAUGAUAGGUUCGAGCUAGACAUGCUAUUAGAGUCUGUGAACUCAGCUACGAACCGAGUGGAAGAGUUAUUAGCAAAGAUUAACAGUAACGAAGUGAAACUCGACGCUCCCAUCGUUAUCGAAGAUCACCUCACAACUCUAAACCUAAGAUGCAUAGAACGGUUAUACGGUGACCACGGGCUCGACGUGUUGGAUCUGUUAAAGAAGAAUCCGAAUCUUGCGUUACCUGUAAUACUGACCCGUCUGAAGCAAAAGCAAGAAGAGUGGGCAAAGUGUCGUACUGAUUUCAACAAAGUGUGGGCUGAUAUAUAUACCAAGAACUACCACAGAUCACUUGACCAUCGCAGUUUCUAUUUCAAACAGCAAGAUUCCAAGAAUCUGAGCACUAAAGCGUUACUGGCAGAGAUAAAAGAGAUCUCUGAAAAGAAACGAGCAGAGGAUGAUGCACUUCUUGCUCUUGCAGCUGGGAACAGACGAAAUAUGUCUGCUAACAUGAGUUUUGAGUAUCAAGAUCCUGAGCUUCACGAAGAUCUGUAUCAGCUGAUCAAGUAUUCAUGUGGAGAAAUGUGUUCAACGGAACAGUUAGAUAAGGUGAUGAAAGUAUGGACAGAGUUUUUGGAGCCAAUGUUUGGUGUUCCUUCUCGUCCUCAAGGCGCUGAAGACCGAGAAGACGCUGUCAAGUCUACUACGAGCCAGAAUUUGAAAAGUGGUAGCGCAAGUGAGGACAGUCCACCUCAGAAUGGAGCUAGUGUUGCAACCUCUAUGCGGUCGAAUGGCCCUCGAAAAGCUAGUGAAAGCAACCAGUUGCGGCAAGCUAGUGAUUCGGAGAGAGACGUCACUGCAAGUAAGACCUCAGAUGCAUUGUUAUGUGAUAAAACGCCGAAGACUCUAACCACUCCUGACGAGAGGCCUGAGACCAAAGAAGCUGUUUCGAAUGAACGUGUGCAUAGCUCAAAUGCACCGCCUGUGGAUGGAUUGCUACCUCAAAGGAAUGGAAAAACCAGCGUUUUAUCCAUAACCGGGUUUAGCAAUAGUAAUCCAAAACCUAGUGCUUUAGCCACCGGAACAGAGGUGGAGUUGAAGCCGAAUCACGUAAAUGGGCCACGCUUAGAGAUUGGCGACAGCAGAGUAUUGCUAAAUGGGACAUUGGCGGAAACAUCAAAUAACCAAAGAUCUAACGAAGUGUUAACUGUGCAAACCAAAGUGGAAAGAGAGGAAGGUGAACUUUCUCCAACAGGAGAUUUCGAGGAAGAUAACUUUGCGGUUCAUGCAGAGGACAAUGACUUGGAGGAGGCUCUCAGCAAAGGUAAGGAGAUUGCUGGGAACAACUUAAACCAGAGGAGUAGUGGAGAUAAUGAUGCUGCUAACGCUGAUGACGAAGGUGAUGAAAGUGCACCAAGAUCAUCAGAUGUAAGCGGAAACACGUCACAGAACGGUGAUGUUUCUGGAACUGAGUCUGGUGGUGAGGGUGAAGAUUGUUACCGGGAAGAUGAUAUGGAACAUAAUAACAAGGCGGAAAGUGAAGGUGAGGCUGAAGAAGAAGAAGGUAUGUCUGAUGAUGCACAUGGUGCUGAUGCUGAAGGAGAUAAGCCUGUGUUGCCUGUUUCAGUGCGAAACCUGCUGUAUGCGAAGCCUCUUGCCAAGUAUGUACCUCCAGGUUUGCGGAAUAAGGACAAAGAUGAUGAGUCUCAGAAGAACUCCAGAGUGUUUUAUGGGAAUGAUUCGUUCUACGUUCUCUUCAGGCUGCAUCAGAUUUUGUAUGACAGAAUCUUAUCAGCAAAAGUCAAUUCAUCAUCUCCAGAAAGAAAGUGGAAGACCACAAACUCGACAAACCCUGCAGAUUCAUACGCCAGGUUCAUGAAUGCUCUCUACAACUUGCUAGACGGAACAUCUGAUAAUUCAAAGUUUGAAGAUGAUUGCCGAGCAAUAAUUGGGACGCAGUCAUAUGUUCUCUUCACAUUGGACAAACUGAUCUAUAAGCUCAUCAAGCAUCUCCAAGGAAUAGCAGCUGAUGAAAUGGACAACAAACUACAACAGUUAUACUCAUAUGAGAAAUCAAGAAAGCCUGAAAAGUUUCUCGACGCUGUUUAUUAUGGAAACGCUCGUGUUCUUCUUCCCGAUGAGGAUAUAUAUCGCAUCGAAUGUAAUCUAUCUACACCAACCAAACUCUCUAUUCAGCUUCUGGACCACGGACAUGAUAAGCCUGAUGUGACAUCUAUAUCAAUGGACCCAGCUUUUGGAGCUUACCUCCUCAAUAAUUUCCUUUCCAAUCUUUCUAAUCCAAAAGAGAAUCCCAGAAUCUAUCUAAAGCGGAAUAAGCGUAAACUUGGUGGUAGUGACGAUGAGCUCAGCACCACGGAUCAAGUUAAGAUUAUAAACGGUUUAGAGUGUAAGAUAACUUGCAGUUCUUCAAAGGUCUCGUAUGUAUUAGACACAGAGGAUGUUUUGCAUCGUGCUAAGAGAAGGAAAGUUUUGAACCAAAACGAUUCAGCUCUCAAACAGGACAUCAUUUCCAGUAGUUCUUUAAUCAGGCAAAGGAGAAUACAAAGAUACCAAAAACUUCUCACCAGCCAAUGA